AUGAAUGCUCCUAUCUUAAAUACUUCCAAAUUGAAUCAAUACUAUUUUAGUAUCAUUUAGACUGUGCAGUAUCUAAUAUUAUUUACAUUAUUAACUAUAACAUUUGUACAAUUAUAUUACUUAAACAGUUUUAAGAGUUUAUCAUAUGGCGAAGAAAUUUUCGAUGUAGAAUAUUAUGGAUUCAAAAUUUGUGUAUAGAUUUAACUUAUUUUCCAAUUCAUCUGA